AGGUAGGUGCCAUUUUCAGAAAAUUCUAGGUUUUUUGUUAGAUUUUAUUUUACUUUAUUUUAUUCUUUGGUUAUUUGCCAAUUUAUUGCGCAUGUUUAAUUUUUAAACAUCUUGUAAUGCGAACUUUCCUGUUUCCACAACGGUUGACGAACUCUCUCUCAUGCCAGUCAAAAAUCGUUAAUGAACACUUUGCCGACCUAAAGUUUUCGAAGUAUACAUCCAAUUAUUCAACUUGCUCGAUCCAAACCGCCCCCAAACUCAAAUUUAACAGUAUUGACACUACAAAAAGUCAGAAAAUCGGCAAAUUUAUUGUUUUCUGCAACUCUCAGAUCACGAAAAAUGGUAGAAAUGGCACUAUCAAAGAAGCCGAGUCGAUCUUCAAUCGCAUGCCGUGCAAAAACAUCAUCUCUUGGACCGCCAUGCUCACGGCAUAUGCUGAGAAUGGUGCAAUGGCCGAAGCACGGAGGAUGUUUGACGAAAUGCCCAAGCGAAAUACUGCAUCGUGGAAUGCGAUGAUCACGGCUUAUUUACGUAAUAAUGUCAGGAUAAACGAAGCUUGUCAGUUGUUUGCCAUGAUGCCUGAGCGUAAUUCAGUGUCAUAUGCUGCCAUGAUCAGCGGUUUUUUGAGGGCGGGAAUGAUUGACAAGGCUCAAAAGUUGUACUCCGAGAUGCCGGGAAGCUGGCGUGACCCGGUUUGUUCGAACGCGUUGAUAUCUGGGUAUUUGAAGAUGGGGGAGUUAGAAGAGGCGGUUCGGGUUUUUGAAGGUAUGGUGGAGAGAGAUGUGGUUUCGUGGAGUUCUAUGAUUGAUGGAUAUUGCAAAAAGGCAAGGAUAGAGGAAGCUAGAGAGUUGUUUGAGAGGAUGCCGAAAAGAAAUGUGAUCACGUGGACAACAAUGAUUAAUGGGUGUAUGAAGAAGGGGUGCUUUGAAGAUGGGUUUGAAUUGUUCAUGCGUAUGAGGAGGGAAGCUUUUGUGAAUGUUAAUUCAAAUACCUUGACCAUAAUGUUUGAAGCUUGUGGCAGUUUUGUUAGAUAUGAUGAAGGAAUUCAGAUGCACGGGUUGGUUUUGCAUGUGGGAUUUGAAUUUGAUGUUUUCUUGGGCAAUUCUGUUAUUAAUAUGUAUUGUAGAUUUGGUUGUAUGGAGGCGGCUAAUAAAGCAUUCAAUUAUAUGAGCCAAAGGGAUGUAGUUUCUUGGAAUUCUUUAAUCACUGGUUAUGUUAGAAAUGAUGAAACUGAACAGGCUUAUAUAUUUUUUGAGAAGAUGCCUGUAAAAGAUAUAGUUUCAUGGACAACCAUGAUUACAGGCUUCUCUGCUGAAGGGAGUACUGGAAAAUCAAUCCAGUUGUUUAACAUGAUGCCUGAGAAAGAUGACAUUGCUUGGACAGCUGUUAUUUCAGGGCUCGUAAGCAAUGGGCAAUACGAGGAGUCUAUCUGUUGGUUCAUUCAAAUGAUUCAGAAGGCUAUCAGGCCGAACCCUCUUACUCUGAGUAGUAUACUUAGUGCUACAGCUGAUUUGGUAGCAUUAAACCAAGGGCUGCAGUUCCAUGCCUAUGCUUUGAAGAUGGGCAUGGAAUAUGAUUUGUCUAUCCAAAAUUCAUUGGUCGCCAUGUAUUCAAAAUGUGGAAGCAUAGCUGAUGCCUAUGAUAUAUUCAGAAAUAUUAGUUUACCUAAUAAUAUUUCUUAUAACUCGAUGAUUUCUGGGUUUUCUCAGAAUGGAUUUGCGGAAGAAGCACUUAUGUUAUUUGGGAAAAUGCAAAAUGAUGGUUUGGAUCCUAACCAAAUUACCUUCCUUUCAGUUCUUUCAGCCUGUGCCCAUAUGGGACUUGUAGACGAAGGGCGGAACUACUUCAAAUAUAUGAGAUCUACAUAUCAUAUUGAACCAAUGGCCGAUCAUUAUGCUUGCAUGGUUGAUCUCCUUGGUCGAGCUGGGCUGCUUGAUGAAGCAAAUGAUUUAAUCCAUUCAAUGCCCUUUGAACCUCAUUCUGGUGUUUGGGGAGCACUGCUUGCUGCAAGUAGGAUCCACUUGCGUCUUGAUCUUGCUAAUCUUGCAGCAAAGCACCUUUUCGAAUUGCAGCCUCAUAAUGCAACCCCAUAUGUUGUCUUGUCUAGCUUAUAUUCUGCUGCUGGGAGAAAGAAGGAUGGAGAGCAGGUAAGAACAGCAAAGAAGCUAAAAGGGAUAAGAAAGAAUCCAGGGUGCAGUUGGAUUGUAAUAAAAGAUAAGGUUCAUUUGUUCCUUGUAGGAGAUCAAUCCCAUUUGGGCUUCAAAGAAAUUAAAGCUACUUUAUUGAUGAUUGCUGAAGAAAUGAGAUGAUCAGAAUAGCUGGACAGUGAUUUGUUUUCUUGGUUUUGAAUGGCCAUUGCAUCAAUUAUAGAUGGAAGGACUUUAUUAUCAGUUUAUUAUCGUCAAAUAUUUGGGGAGGCUAUGCUUGUUGUGGCUGUUUAAGUUUGCUUGUCCUAUUGACGCAGAAUUGAAAGGCAAGUCAUGACAAUCAAUGUGAGAUCAAGAAGUAUCACGGAUGCUUUGCUCGCUAACUUUCUAUAUGCUUGGAUCUUAUGUCGACACUCAGAAAUUAUAUAUUGAUUCUCAAUUUGCACGAUGGUUGUUGGUUAACAGAGUGGAUGAUUGCUGAAUCUGAGCUUUUUAUUUGUUAGGGAUUGAUGCUGAUUCAAUAGAGUCGAGACAAACAUCACUUAUUUUUUCAUUCCUUUGGUACACUAUUGAAAUAACUCACAUGUCACAUGAACGAAGAAGAAAUGCUUUAUCCUAGUAGCCAUGAGUGCUUUAAGUGCAAGACAUAUACUGGUCUGAUGUUGCUGCAAAAUUCGAGCAGUAUUUAUUCAGUAUGAAAAUAUUCUAGUGUCUGUAUAACCUAACUAUGGUGACUGGAACUCAAUUAGUUAUUGUGGAACCAAACUCACAGAAAUGUGGAAUUAUGAGAAAUUUAUGGAGCAAUGAUGAUGAUGAAUUCAGAUUCCAGAAUGUUAAUCUAGACAUGAUGAAGAGGUAUUUCAAUUGUGUUACAGAGGAUUCAGGAUAUUUUAUUCCUUAUGGUCAAGUUUGUAAUAAUUGAAGGGAUCUCAUGUGAUAUGCAGCAAAUAAGGAAAUGCACCCAUAGACUUUGUGAAGUAAUAAUGUAGCAGAUUUUUGGAAAGAAGUGAGCCAGGAAUAUGUUGCUUUUAUGAGGGCAUGUACAGAAGGGAUAUGCGCUGGCAGUUUCGAGACUCCCAGAGUAAUCAAGCCUAUGCAAAUGGGAAUUUUUCUUAAGCUUAGAACUUUUAUACAUGGGGCAGGUUGUGUUUCUCUGAUGAGACAUCUAGAAACUACCUCAGGGCUUUGAUGCUGUGAGAUAGCAAUUGUGCAGCAGCAGACGUCUCCUGGAAGAACAAGAGAACUGCUAGGAUACUGUAUGAUGGCAGCUGCAAUAGAUCCCAUCUUUCUCAGGGUGCAAAUUAGAGCUUCUAAGGGUGGAUGCGAACAUCCGGGUGAAAUGGAACCUCGAGACAAUGAAGCUGAAGGGGCUGGCAAUAGCAGGGGAAAGCAUUCCGGUGUUGAACUUCUUGGCAAUGGUAGAAAAGACUGGAGCCCCGCGUCAUCACUCAAAUCUUCCAACUCAUCAGCCAACACAUCAAAUGGUUUGCUCAAGCCACAACUGAUAGAUGAGUAAGAGUGGCAUGACCAUGCCUCUCUUUUUCAAUUUCAGUACUUGGAUAGUUGGAUUUUGUACCAAAAGACACUUUUGCUGCCUUUCGAAGCAUGGCUUUUGAAUCUUUGCGAAGAUUUUUGUAUGUGUGUCAUGUAUAUAGCAAGUUUUAAUUACAUACCUCUUUGCAAA